AUGCAGGUACAGCCUCCUCAGGUACAGCCUCCUCAGGUGGAGCCUCCUCAGGUACAGCCUCCGCAGGUACAGCCUCCUCAGGUAGAGCCUCCUCUGGUGGAGCCUCCUCAGGUACAGCCUCCGCAGCCUCCUCAGGUAGAGCCUCCUCUGGUGGAGCCUCCUCAGGUACAGCCUCCUCAGGUACAGCCUCCUCAGGUGGAGUCUCCUCAGGUAGAGCCUCCUCAGGUACAGCCUCCUCAGGUACAGUCUCCUCAGGUAGAGCCUCCUCAGGUGGAGCCUCCUCAGGUACAGCCUCCUCAGGUACAGCCUCCUCAGGUGGAGCCUCCUCAGGUACAGCCUCCUCAGGUACAGCCUCCUCAGGUAGAGCCUCCUCAGGUACAGCCUCCUCAGGUACAGCCUCCUCAGGUACAGCCUCCUCAGGUAGAGCCUCCUCAGGUAGAGCCUCCUCAGGUAGAGCCUCCUCAGGUGGAGCCUCCUCAGGUACAGCCUCCUCAGGUAGAGCCUCCUCAGGUGGAGCCUCCUCAGGUAGAGCCUCCUCAGGUAGAGCCUCCUCAGGUAGAGCCUCCUCAGGUAGAGCCUCCUCAGGUGGAGCCUCCUCAGGUAGAGCCUCCUCAGGUAGAGCCUCCUCAGGUAGAGCCUCCUCUGGUGGAGCCUCCUCAGGUAGAGCCUCCUCUGGUGGAGUCUCCUCAGGUAGAGCCUCCUCAGGUGGAGCCUCCUCAGGUAGAGCCUCGUCAGGUACAGCCUCCUCAGGUGGAGUCUCCUCAGGUAGAGCCUCCUCAGGUAGCGCCUCCUCAGGUGGAGCCUCCUCUGGUGGAGUCUCCUCAGGUAGAGCCUCCUCUGGUGGAGCCUCCUCAGGUAGAGCCUCCUCAGGUAGAGCCUCCUCAGGUAGCGCCUCCUCAGGUGGAGCCUCCUCUGGUGGAGUCUCCUCAGGUAGAGCCUCCUCAGGUGGAGCCUCCUCAGGUCCUCUGGGUGCAGGUCCUCUGGGUGCAGGUCCUCUGGGUGCAGGUUCUCUGGGUGCAGGUCCUCUGGGUGCAGGUUCCCUGGGUGCAGGUCCUCUGGGUGCAGGUCCUAUGGGUGCAGGUCCUCUGGGUGCAGGUUCUCUGGGUGCAGGUCCUCUGGGUGCAGGUCCUCUGGGCGCAGGCUGCAGCAGAGCUCCAAGGCCUGUCUCUGUAA